UUCAGUGUAAACUUCAAACAUGGCGGGACCCAUUGCAGAGCGUGACAAAUGAUUUUGUAGAAAAUACACAAACCGAAAAUAUUUUCGGGAAGUUAGUUGAGCAAGAAUGCGUUUGCUGAAACCAAACUGGGUAUCCCACGAGGGCAAACCUAUCUUCUCAAUUGACAUCCACCCUGAUGGCUCAAGAUUUGCGACAGGAGGCCAGAGUGAUGAUGCCGGCAAUGUGGUCAUCUGGAACAUGGGUCCGGUCCAGGAUGAAGAGGUGGAGAAGGAUGAGAAUAUCCCCAAAGUACUGUGUCAGAUGGACGAUCAUUUAGCUUGUGUAAACUGUGUUCGCUGGUCUCACAGUGGCAAAUUUCUAGCGUCAGGAGGUGACGACAAACUUAUCAUGAUUUGGCAGCACAGCAAGUUUGCACGGCCGUCGUCAGUGUUUGGGUCAAAUAUUGUAAAUGUGGAGUCAUGGAGGCCUGCAUCCACACUACGGGGACAUCUUGGAGAUGUCCUAGACUUGGCGUGGUCUCCCCAGGACAUCUGGCUAGCCUCCUGCAGCGUGGACAACACCAUCAUCGUGUGGAAUGUGCACAAGUUCCCAGAACAAGUUGCAACGCUGAAAGGUCACUCUGGCCUUGUGAAAGGGGUAACUUGGGAUCCAGUUGGAAAGUACCUUGCUUCACAGUCGGAUGACAAGACACUGAAAGUGUGGAGGACUUUGGACUGGCAGCAGGAGACUUGUGUAGCAGAGCCAUUCAAGGAGUGUGGCGGCACGACUCAUGUACUCCGUCUGAACUGGUCACCAGAUGGUCACUACAUCGUCUCAGCACAUGCCAUGAACAACUCCGGCCCCACAGCGCAGAUCAUCGAGAGGGAUGGGUGGAAGGCAACGCUUGACUUUGUGGGACAUCGGAAAGCUAUCACUGUUGUGAGAUUUAAUCCUCAAAUUUUGACCAAAAAAAUAAAGAAGGAUUCUGGAAAGAGUCAGCAAUAUUCAUGUUGUGCUAUCGGAAGUAAAGACAGAUCUCUCUCAAUAUGGCUGACAGCCUUGCGACGCCCUCUGGUUGUAACACAUGAUUUAUUCAAUAGCUCAAUUAUGGAUAUAUCUUGGAGUCAGAAUGGGCUUGAGUUGAUGUGUUGCUCUAUAGAUGGGUCUGUUGCAUAUGUCAACUUUACCCAAGAGGAGAUUGGCCAUGCCUUGUCUAAGCAGGAAGUGCAAACUCUGUUAGAGAAGAUCUAUGGCAAGAGUCUUCCUCUGCAAUCUAACCUGGCCGCGAAUGCCGCCAGUCAGAUAAUUGAGUCGGCAGCACUUUUAAAUCUCCAGCAGAAACAAAAAGAGAAAGAGAAAUUCAACGACCUUGAGAGCAAGAGCAACUCGUCCAUGAAGGUCAACGGGGAGACGCCAUUCAAGCCAAGAGAUAAGCAGAUUGAGACAAAAACAGCUGAUGGAAGACGGAGAAUCACACCCAUCUUCCUUGCUCCUCAGCCAGAGAUUGGAUUUGAGGAGGCUCCUCUACCUUUCAAGCAAAAAAAAAUUGAAUUUGCCUCGUCUGAGAGACAGAGCUCGAUCCAGAUUGAGAAGCAGGAUCGAGUGACGGGCCCGGGGAUCCAAUCCUCACCCUCCCAGUCCCUCCAGUCCCCACCCCCAGGCAGCAGUCUAGGCUCCCAGGACUGUAAGACCCCCUCCACUAGCGACCCACACAAGACCACAGAGGCCAAGACCCCAGCUUCAUCAGCAUCAACAGCUGUGUUUCAGCCAAUGAAAGCCCUUGUGAAGACACCUACUAAGUCAGACAAGUCGAAGUCCAUCCCAGCCCCAAGCACUGCCACCACUACACCAGCAGAGAAGUCUGUCGAGGACAAACAGAAGGAAUAUCAUCGUGCUAAACUUGCGUCUGGGCUGUCACUAAAACGGAAGAUUGAUGAUCGGCGUCCAGGGAAAGUGGGACGACCUCGGAAAGCUGAUCGGGAGGCAAGGGAGGCGGAGAGAGCAGCUUUGAACAUAUCCCAGCCAAUCUCUACCCCGCUUGCCCCUGAUCGAGAAAUUGUACGUCAUGUGCCUGUGCCUAGUGACCUUCACCUUCCUGUGCCAACCAUGAGAAAUCAUCGAACAAACAGUAAUGAGAUGAUCUCAUUGGCUGAUUGGUCAAAGUUGGGGAAAGGUCGUUCUGACAUGCCCAGUAAUGAGAUGUCCUCAUUGGCUGAUUGGCCAAAGUUGGGGAAAGGUCUUUCCGAUAUUCUAGGCAAGGCAGGUGACCCUGGCUCUGUGGCCCUGGAGGUGGAGAACUUGGUGGGCGGUGGCUCUCAUAAGCUGCACAAGGUCAGAUGUGUCAAGGAUGGACUUGUCUCAUGGGAACAGGUCAUGACCUCCAAGAUCAAUGCUGUCACAGGGUCAAGCCACGUGUAUGGAGUCAGCUGUGAGAAUCAUUCCGUGUCCUUCUUCAGCGAGGGAGGGAGGAAAACCCUCCCCACUAUAGUGCUAAACUCUAAUGUCUCAAUACUCAAGUGUACCAACUACCAUGUCAUGGCAAUAACUCGCAAAGGAAGUCUCUAUGUCUGGAAUCUACAGUCUCGUCGUGCUGUUAUAAAGAAUGAAUGUCUAGCAUCAAUAAUGACAGGCUCUGACAAGGUAGAGAAGACGUCUCUAACAGCGGACGGGAUACCAGUCAUUUCCCUCUCCAACAAAAAGUCCUACACAUUUUCCAUUGAAAUGGCAACAUGGGUCCUUGUCAACGACAGAGGAGACACUCUGCAGCUGUGCUCAAACCAUCAUGGCUGCCUCCCAACUGGGAGCGUCAACAUGGUGGCCGGACCCCUCGCAUCACUACAGGCCAACCCAGACAGACCUGGCCACAAGGCAGCAGGAAUGCUGGGCUCCUCCUCAGAACUGAAGCAGACGGCCACUCUCAGCCACCUGGAGUCACAAGUUGCCGUCUGCCUCAACAUCAAGUCGGCCUCAGAGUACAGGUUCUGGCUGCUUACUUACGUCAGAUAUCUAGUCCAAGAAGGUUUUGAAACCCAGCUACGAGAAGUGUGUAACGAUCUUCUUGGGCCGCUGUAUAGGUCGAAGAAGUCUUCAUCGUGGCAGGAACAUGUCUUGGGUCUGAACAAAAGAGAUCUUUUACGAGAAAUCCUCCCAAUCGUUGGCAGCAAUCUCCGAUGGCAGCGCCUCUACACAGAAUAUCAGGAGCAGCUGGAGUCUGUCUGAGAAGGCCUACCUCCCGGUUUCAUAUACUUUCUUUCUUCAUCUGUAGCCUGGAAGGAGGAGGAAGGUUGUCCAGGCGCCAGCUCAUGGAAUCAUUGUACAUAAUCAUGGGAUAAAUGGACCACCGUGAAACGAUCCAUACUUAAAUGUCGUACUAUAAAAUUUGUAAUCUAAGAUGCCAAAGCCAUUGUUGAGGUCUUUAUGAAAUUGUUAGGUGAUAAUGAAAUAUUUGGUACAUAUUGCUUCCUGAUCAUCACCUAGCAGUGUGUAUAAAUCAUGAUAAGUUGCAAAUUGAGUGGUAGCUUGCAGUGCAUAUGACUAUGUAUUGCAACCUGAUCCUUAUCUUGCAAUGCAUAUGACUAUGUAUUGCAACCUGAUCCUUAUCUUGCAAUGCAUAUGACUAUGUAUUGCAACCUGAUCCUUAUCUUGCAAUGCAUAUGACUAUGUAUUGCAACCUGAUCCUUAUCUUGCAAUGCAUAUGACUAUGUAUUGCAA